AUGAUAAAAAAUUCUGACUUAGAAGGAGAUUUAAUGAUUGUUAACAUCAUGCCAUUGAGAAUUGUAAGAAGUAGAAAAAUAAUUGGAAGUAUACUGUCUUUAUUAACUCUUUUUAUAUUCUCUUUAAUGUACUAUUUUAAAACUUAAAAUUUUAAGAUGUCGUUGGUUUAUAAAUUUAAAGUUACUUUUUUAUUAUAAGGAAGAGAAGGAAAUAUUGUAUGCCACCCAUUUAUUCAUAAUAAAUUUACAUGGAGAGAAAGAAAUACAAAAAGUUAAAAGGAAUAAAAUUUCGAAUUGCAUUUAUUUUAAAUAUAGACAUAUAGAAUAUUAUUUUGAAGAAAACAAAUUUCAUCCAUUAGAUACAGGAUAUGUUGAUAAAGAUUUCUUAUUAAAAAAUGUGAAUCCUUUAAGUGAAAGACAAGUAUUUGAGUUGAAUAAGACAUUUGGAAACUGUGAAGUUAUAGUUCCCAUUCCUAGUAUAACUUCUUUUUUUUAAAAUGAACUUACAUCCCCUCUUUAUUUCACUUAAUAUACUUCAUUAACAGUAUUUAUGUUGGAAGGAUUUUAUUAAUUAGCAAUUUUAUAACCUAUUAUAGCAUUAUUGACAUCAUUAAUAAAUUAUCUUAUACUAAGAAGGGCUAUGUAGUAAUUAAAGAAAAAAGCAGAAAACCAUCAGUAAAUUACAGUAUUUCGAUAAAAUAUAUCUGGUAAAGAGGAAUGUAUAACAGUGAAUUCGAUUGAAUUAGUUCCAGGAGAUAUAGUUUAAAUUUUUUGUAAUUAAAUAUUACCAUGUGAUUGUUUAAUAUUGACAGGUGAUGUAUUGGUUGAUGAAUAAUCAUUAACAGGAGAGUCUAUUCCUGUUUAAAAAGAGUAAAUAAAAUAAGAUUUUUUGAGUAAUUUUAAUUAUUAAACUUACAAAAAAUCAAUAUUGUUUGAUGGAACUAAAGUCUUAGAUGUAAAAAACACUGUAAAAGUAUUAGUUUUAAGAACUGGAUAUUUAUCUUAUAAAGGAUAGAUAUUUAGAAAUGCAUUAUACCCAAAACCACCAAAAAUAAUGUUUUUUAUAGACGCAGUAAAAUUUCUUGUUAUAAUUGCUGUUUUGAUUAUAGGAUUGUAUUUUGGAUUACUUUGGAAAAUGAUAUUAUUAGAUUAUGAUCCAACCUUAAUUGCAUUAAGAUUAGGUGAUGCAAUAGUUUGGAUUCUCCCUCCAAAUUUAGUAACUGUUGUAAAUCUUACAAUGACAGCUACUUUAAGUAGAUUAAAAUUAAACAAUAUCUUAGGAACUUAACCAGAUAAAACAUUAGAAGCAUCAUAAACAGAAAUCAUUUGUUUUGAUAAAACAGGUACUUUAACAACAAAUAAGAUUAAAGUAAAAUAUGUAUUUGAUGAAAAGAAUAAUAAAAUCUAAUCAAUUUCAGAUAAAAAAUUGUUGUAAUCUUUAAUGUCUUGCUGUCAUUAAUGCUACUUAUUAGAUAAUUAAUUAAUAGGUGAUACAUUAGAUAUAGCCAUGAUAUAUUAUUCAAAUCUAAAUAUUCAUUAAGAUAAUGAUUAUAAAUUUAAAGUCAUAAUUAAUGGAAAUGGUUCAGAUUAGAGAAGUAAAGAGAUAACUUUUAGAAUUAUAAAAAUCUUUGAGUUUUCUAGUGAUCUCUAAAGAAUGGGUGUAAUAGCAAUGAGUGAUUAAAUUAUAAGAGAGGAUUAAUAGAUUUAAUUAACAGAUUAAGAAGAUAUAAUAAUUUAAAACUAAUAUUAUUAUUUUAGUAAAGGAUCAGCUGAAAAGAUUUCCUCAUUAUGUAUUUCUGUACCUGAAGGAUUUAAAGAUAUGAUAACUUAAGAAUCACUUAAAGGUAUGAGAAUAAUUAGUACUGGAUAUAAAAGAAUAGAGUUAUAGGAUAUUGUUAAAUCAUAAAUUGAAUUGGAAUAACGUCUAAAAUAUUUGGGAUCAAUUAUUUUUGAAAAUGAAUUAAAAUUAAAUACAAAAUAAACUAUUGAUGAAUUAAAAAAAGCAUAGUUAAAAUUAAAAAUAUUAAGUGGAGAUCAUAUUUUGAGUUGCAUAAAUUGUGGUAUCGAAAGUGGUAUAAUAGAAUUUCAAAAGUUUACAAUUUUAAUAGAUUUUGAUAUAGAUUAGAAUGAUUUAAUAUUAGAAGAGUUGAGUCAUUACUAAAUAGAAGAAUUGGAAGGUAAAAGUAUUAAUUAAUCAUCUUAUGAAUUAUUAUAAUCUCUGUUACCAAGUUCAUUAUAUGUAAAUUCAAUUUAUGAGUCAAAAACUAAUUAGAAUUAUUAAUGGGCAAUGAGUGGUUAAGCUUUUGAAUAUCUUAGAAAUAAAAAGAUAAUAUAUGAACUAAUUUAAUCAUGUUAAAUCUUUGGAAGAAUGAGUCCCACUUAAAAGAGUGAAGUAAUAAAGAUAUUAUAAGAAUAAAAACUUCAUGUUUGCAUGAUAGGAGAUGGUUCCAAUGAUUGUCAUGCUUUAAAAUAAUCUAAUAUUGGAAUAUCAUUUUAAUAAUGUGAUGCAGCUUUAACAGCCUCUUUUGUUAAUACUAAUGAUAGCAUAGAUUGUAUACGUGAAGUAUUGUUAUAAAGCAAAGCAACUUCAUGUAAUGUUAUGGAAAUAUUCAAAUAUUAUAUGAUAAUCAAUGUAAGUAAAUAUGUUUCUGCAUAAUUAAUGAUGUAUCAAAUGUAGAAUUUCAAUAAUGAAGAAUUACUGUAUCUAAAUUAUUUGAGUAAUAUUCCUAUAGUUGCUAUGUAAACCUUAACUCCUCCUUCAAGUAAAUUGACUAAAGAUAAAAUUAAUACUUCUAUGAUUAGUUUAUCAAAUUUUAUUCCUAUUUUGAUAAUUCUAAUCUUCAGUGGUUUGAAUAUGUUGGGAAGUUAUUUAAUUCUAUAUUAUUAAGAAUGGUAUUUACCAUAUGAUAAAAAUGAGAAUGAUUCAAGAUACUUCUUUUAAGGAGAUAUGAACACUUAAUAAUUCAUUAACAUGAAUAUUUAUUUUUUAUUAUCUUUUUAUUCCAUCAAUACUUAUGCACCAUUUAAGAUACCUUUUUGGAAACAAUAUCAUUUAAAUAUUCCAAUUUUAUUGUUUUUAAUCUUGGCAAUCCUUAUAUAAUUUGUUUCUAUAGAAUUUAUUGAUCAAUUUUUAGGAUUAACUGAAAUAAAAUUGAAUGGAUAAUAUUAACUUAAUCAAUACUAUUUCAACAUUACAUUCUCUAUUGUAGUAAUAUUCAUAGGAAGAUUAGCAUGGAUUAAAUAAUAUAUAUUUUAAUAAUGAUUAUAAAUAAAACUUAAUCUAACUUGAAUAAUAUCAAUUUCAAUGAUAUUAUAAUUCCAAUAAAGUCUUAGCAUCCUUCAAGAAGGGUAUAAGUUUUGGAAAAUGGCAAAGCGAUACAAUUAUUACAAAGCUAUCAAAAAAUCCCACAAAUAAUAACAGAAUUUCAUUCUCCAAUAAUAGUGAAUAGUAUAAAAUUAAGAAAGGAUUCAAAUUAUUCAUUUUAAUAAACAUAAUAAUUGAAUGAGAAGGAAAGCAAAUCUAUGAAAAUGGAUUCUGAAAAUGUGACCAGCAAAUUUAAAUAAAUAAAUCCUUAAAGUAGUUUACCAUAGAUUCCUUUAUCAACAAUGAACACUUAAACUAAAUUAAAUGAUUUAACACGAAGUAACAAUAUGGUUUAAUCACCUAAAAAUAGUGAUACAAAAAGAUCGUUAGUGAGAUCAUAAUUUAAAACGAACAGCAACAAUCAAAAACAAAAUAUAAUAAACAAUUCAACAACUACAGGAAGCAGCAAAGAUUCAAGUUGUAAUUAGAGUAAUUAAUAAUAUUAAAUAUGUGCUAAAAAUAUAAUAUACUCAUAUUGUGGAAAACCAAGAAAAAGAAAAGUGAAUGUUUCAGCUAAAAGUUUCAUAGUUUAUGAUUGCAUAGAGAAUAGAAUAGUUUCAUAGAGAAAAAGUAAUAAGAGAAUGGAAAUUGCUAGUUUAACCAAAAUUAUGACAUUCUACAUAACAAUGGUUAUCUUAGAACAACUAAAUCUCAAUUUCAAAGAUAUUAGAGUUAAAGUAACUAAAAAAGCUUCAGAGACAAUAGGUACAACAGCUGAAUUAAAAUAUAAUGAUAUCUUAACAAUUUAAGAUCUUCUGUAUGGAUUAAUGUUACCAUCAGGAAAUGAUGCUGCUACACUUAUAGCUUAAGCAAUUGGAACAAUAAUGUAAAUACUAAACUAUAAAAUUAGAUUAUUUAAUGAAGCAGAUAAAUAUUUAGAUUGUACACUAUUAGAUAUUGAACAAAUGAGUGCUGAAGGUUAUUAUUACAAUGUAUAAUUGAAGACUCAUUAAUGUCCUAUUGAAAUUUUUAUAAACAAGAUGAAUCAUUAUUCUAAUCUGAUUGGAUAAUAAAAUACUCAAUUUGCAUGUGUACAUGGAUUAGCUAAUGAAGACAAUGUAUAUGUUUUACUUACAGUAGUAUUCUAGUUGUUAUGAUAUAGUAUUAUUAUCAUAGGAAUGCUUAAGAUAUGAUAUAUUUCAUUAAGUUAUUUCUUGUAAAGAAUACAUUUCGAAAUCAAUCAAUAAUAGCAAAUAUUAUGAAUGGAAAAAUACAAAUAAAUUAUUAGAAAAAGGUUUUUUUGGAAUAAAAACAGGAGUAACUGAUUCUGCUGGACCUUGUUUAGCUAGUGCUUAUAGAUCAAAUGAAAUGGAAUAUUAUAUAAUCAUUGUGUUGAGUUGUAAAAAUUUAUAACUGAGAUUUGAUGAAACUAUUUCAUUGUUAUAACAUGCAAAAUACAAAAAGUCUUUGA